GUCUACUUGGAAACAGGGCACCGAAACUCCACUAUCGGGUGGGACUAGAGCCACCAAUCCCACAGCACCCAGCCGACCGCCCCACUUCCGCCGGAAGUCACCCUGGCCGCGGGCGCCGCGAUGACGUCACCAGCCCACCGGAAGUUUCAGGGCUUGCCUGGGAGGCUGUAGAUCGGUGCAGCAGGCGGUUGGCCCCACCCCUGGGCUUCCCGAGGAACCAUGUCUCCCGCUGCUGUGGGUGCCGCCUGGAGUGCCAUUCACACACCGCUGCCCAAGAGGCGUUGCUAGAGAGGAGCUGCUGACUUCUGUGUGAAUACUGGGAAUGCCAGAGUUGUGGCUGCAAAAGUAUCCAAUCAGGAGAAAGAUGUAGGCUGGAGACCGAAUUACCUGCCUCAAGGAUGGACUUCCUGGUUCUCUUUUUAUUGUACCUGGCUUUUGGGCUGACCAGUGUUAUUAUGAUCUGCAUCUGCUCAAAAAGUCAUCAUUUGAGUAGCUUGUUCCAGGGUGGAACACAGCUAUGUUCCUGUAUAAUUCCACAGUGCUUUCAGAGAGCCAUACAGAGAUGCCUUCAUUACUUCUUCCACACACGCAACCACACCUUCAUUGUCCUGCACCUGGUCUUGCAAGGGCUGGUUUAUAUUGAGUAUACCUGGGAAAUAUUUGGCUACUGUCAAGAGCUGGAGUUCUCAUUGUGUUACCUUCUUCUGCCCUAUCUAUGGCUGAUUAUAAACCUGGUUUUCUUCGCCCUAACUUGUGUAACCAAUCCUGGCACUAUAACAAAAACAAAUGAAUUAUUAUUUCUUCAAGUUUAUGAGUUUGAUGACGUGAUGUUUCCAAAGAACGUGAGGUGCUCUACGUGUGGUUUAAAGAAACCAGCUCGAUCCAAGCACUGCAGUGUGUGUAACCACUGUGUGCACCGUUUUGACCAUCACUGUGUGUGGGUAAACAAUUGCAUUGGGGCCUGGAACAUCAGGUACUUCCUCAUCUACCUCCUGACCUUGACUUCGUCAGCCACCACCAUGGCCGUCCUGAGCACAGCGUUUCUGGUCCACCUGGUGGUGGUGUCAGAUCUGUACCAGGAAAUGUAUAUUGAUGACUUUGGACACUUCCAGGCUGUGGACACAGUCUUUCUCAUUCAGUAUCUGUUCCUGACCUUCCCAAGGAUUGUCUUCCUGCUGGGCUUUGUCGUGGUGCUGAGCUUCCUCCUGGGGGGCUACUUGUGCUUUGCUGUGUACCUGGCUGCUACCAAUCAGACCACGAAUGAAUGGUACAAAGGGGACUGGGCCCGGUUCCAACACUGCCCCCUGGUGGCCAGGCCCUCAUUAGCCGAAUCCCAAAUCUACCAGAACAUUUACUCCCACGGACUUUGGAGCAACCUCCAAGAGAUCUUUCUACCUGCAAGCCCAUGUUAUGAGAGAAAGAAGAAAUAAAUGAAAAGAGUGUUACUGCUUAUCAAAUAUAAUAUACAUUUAUUUAUA